AUGUCGCGACUAAGGAGCAAAGUCUUGCCUAUUCUCGCAGUAUCUUCCCUACCUCCAUCACACAUUACAUCUUCGCCCGACAUACCAUGGACACGGGUCGGCUCUGGGAAAGAUCACCUUCUCUCAGAGCUUGAGCGCUUGUACUGGGAUGGUGUCAAAGCCGAACUCGAAAACAUUGUCCGCACUCUCAAAGUUUGGCAGCAGCCAGAAUAUGCCCAAGUCGAAGUCCAAGAUGAGAACGAUAAUCACAUUCAUGGCUUCGAUACCUUUCUCGACCAAGUUUCCCAAGGAGCUCGAGCACAUGCCAUUCGAUACGGAAAAAUGAGAGAAAAGCAAAUAAAUAGAAAUCUGUGGUUUCCCAGUAGCGCAUCACUUAUUAGCUCUGAAUUUGUUAGAGAUGUUCUCACAGAUAAUGUGGCAGACCGCGUAGCGCAACAAGUCAGUGAUGGUAUUAGAAAAGACGUGAGACGGGAGAUCAAAGCUGUCACAACACUCGACGGGAUAGAGAAACGAGCAUGGAUGUUACUUCAAGCUGCUGGGUUUCUCGAUAUAGAGAAAUUGAUUGAACAUCGCCCAUCUCCUGAGAGAUUUGGGUUUUCGAAGAGGCCAGCCAUUCCUCAGCUUGCACUCUCAAAUGUCGAUAGUGAUGGCAUGCCCAACUUUGAGCCACUUCGUUGUAUGCAAAAACAAUGCAAGAAAGUUGUCAGAGGGAGUAUGUUUGUCCACGACAAACCUGACUCCGACCCCGGUAUUAUAUGCGAAGAAUGCUACCAAAGCCAUUACUACGGCAGAGAAGAAUACACUAAGACUUACAAACACUGUAUACUCACUGAAAGCAUCACUCCUGAGAUGAGCAGAAAGAUCUGCAGCUGUCUUGGACUCCAUCAAGAUGACACUGGGGGUAAACCCGAGAGUCUAUUUCCUAUCGACGACCCAAAUCGACAUAAGAAUACUGGCAUUGGGGGAGGAGAAACAUGCAAGCUACUCCAACUUGGCAACACCAUUGCUCUUGCAAAGUAUCAGGGACUCCUGGACAGUGUAGGAGCUAAGCCGCGAACUCUGAGAGACACCGAAAAGGCUGCUAUAAAGGCACAAGGUUAUGGAAAAAAGAAUUUCUUCGUCUGGCCUCAACAUUCCGCGGCAAAGACAGAGCCAGGUGAUAGCGAUUUCGAGGAAGAGGAAGAGCUGAGACAAAAACCUGAAGCUCAAGGUAGCAGUCGGCGUCUCAAAGCUUUCAAGACUGGUUCGUAUGGGAGUGGUGUCACCGUGGCUGAAGAAGCCGCUGCAGAUACAGACAUGCCGCUGUUCUUCAGAGGAUAUACCGAAAAGCACCCCUAUGGGAAUGUUCAUAUGGCUCUCAGAGUUGGCCCUAUUGUCAUCGAGAAUGGAGUUUCUCAUACCAAAGGUGGAGCUCUCAUUUCUUUGAGAGACAUGCCCGUGUUCCAAGAGCGCUUUCAUCUUCAGACAAUGCCUGAGCGAGAGUUAGCGAUCGGUAGUGGUUCUGAUCGUCUUCUUUGGCAGCGAAAAAGACAAUCUACAGACCGCAAGAGAUACAAGGCUGUCAUGAAACAAGUUGUCGGCGUGCCUUUCAGUGGAAGUGAUACUCUUCCUCACGAUCAGGAGCUCUCGGUCGUCUAUGACCUUUUAGCUGCUUGCGAGCAACCAUUCGACGACUCCAGUUUAUCUGCAUCCGACAAGAGCAAACUCCUAAACUCCGCACUCGAACCAGCCUUGGAGAAACUCAAGGUUCUUCUUGGCUCUAGGUUAAAAGUCUAUCUCGGCAGUAUUUCUCAGCGUCUGUUAGAUGAGAGCGUCAGAUUGACGUGGAGUGCGACAAGCAACAACUGCCAGACAUUCUGUACUUCUCUCAUCGAUAAGAGCAUAUUUGGGCCUCUUGUCAACGGAGAAGCUUCCGGUUCAUCUAAAGGUGCUCUUCCUCUGUAUACCAUGAGCUUUGUGUGUCCAGACGAUGGCUACAAAAAGUCGCGAGGUGUACGAACGAAGUUCGAUGUCCCAUUCGGACUCACUGAAGAAUAUCUUCUUCGCUUCCACUUUGGACGCCACGACGAAUCCGAUAUCAUCGAUACUUGCCAAGAGUACUGGUAUGACUGGGGUGCUUUUGGCAGUACGCUAUACAAGUACCAGGACUUGUAUCCAUGGGACUGUACAGAGGCAUAUGGGAGAUAUCCAAUCAAGUGUGGCGAUUGUAACCUUGCCAAGCACAUCUGGGCAUUCCCAUUCGAUUCUUGGUCUAUAUCCUCUCACCAUUUAUCACGAGAUCGUUACAUGUAUGCACCAGCACUGACCGAUAACACCUUGACUGCCGUCGGCCAGGAUACUACGCCAAGUUCGUGGAUACGCAACAGACUUACUAUCCUGUCAGCAAUGUCUACUCUUCACCGAGCUGCCACAGCCAUGGCGCACUCGCUCAAGUUCCAAAAAGCCACUGCAUGGCUUCACAAGGACCCUUCACACACUCUGCUGGACCCGUCAUUGUCAAGAGUCAAGCUUGGUGGGAUACACCGUGCUCAACCGUGUAGUCACUACUUCGAAGCGGGUGUCUACAGCCAUUACUUCAUCGCUCCAUGGGCACCACUUACACGGCGUCAGCAAGUCGAAGCCUAUGAACGACAACGCGACGGCCGUGCCAACCUGCCCGACAUACCAAACAACCAUCCUCCCGAUCGACGACACAACUCGUAA